AUGACGCAGCCCGACGCCAACCGCGAAAAGAGGCCCGACCCGGAAGAGAUUCUGGCCCGGGUGAUGCGGCAGGAAAACCAUCCGACCAAACGAGGCAGGCUUAAAGUGUUUCUUGGGUUCGCGGCGGGCGUCGGCAAAACCUUUGAGAUGCUCAACGAAGCCAACCGCCGCAAGCAGCGCGGGCAGGAAGUCGUGAUUGGCUAUGUUGAAACGCAUGGGCGUCAGGGCACGGUGGAGCAGCUGGGCGAUCUGGAAGUUAUCCCGCGCAAAAAAGUGGAGUAUCGCGGCGCGACUUUCGAGGAAAUGGACACCGAAGCGAUCAUCGCCCGCCGUCCCAGAUGGGUUCUGGUAGACGAACUCGCCCAUACCAACGUUCCCGGUUCGCUCCGUGAAAAGCGCUGGCAGGACGUGGAAGCGAUUCUGGACGCCGGUAUCAACGUAGAAACUACGCUGAACGUGCAGCAUCUGGAAAGCCUGAACGACACGGUUCACGAUAUUACCAAUGUGUGGGUGCGCGAAACCGUGCCGGACAAAAUCGUUCGGGACGCGGAUGAGAUUAAAAUGGUGGAUAUUACGCCCCGCUCACUAAUCAAUCGGCUGGAGCGCGGCGACAUCUACAAAGCGGACAAAGUCCAGCAGGCGAUGCAGAACUGGUUCCGGGAAGGCAACUUGAGCGCUCUGCGCGAAAUCGCCCUGCGCGAAAUCGCGCAGGAAGUGGACGAUGAUGUCACUGCCUAUCGUAAAGACAAGCAUAUUCAGGACGCCUGGAAUACCAGUGACCGCAUCAUGGUCUGCAUUACGCCAUCGCGCUCGUCGCUGCGACUGAUCCGACGCGGAUGGCGCAUUUCGCAGCGGCUGCAUGGCAGUCUCGUCGCGGUUUAUGUGGAAACCAAACCGGGAACGUCGGAGGAACAGGAGAUACUGCGGAACGAUUUCGCGCUGGCGGAACGGCUGAAAAUUCCCAUUGUCACUUUGCAGGGCAAUGUCGGCAAUGAGUUAAUCCGUUACGCCCGCGAAAACAGGAUUACGCAAAUGGUGAUUGGACAUUCCAGCCAUUCGCGCUGGCAUGAAUUCGUGUACGGCUCUCUGGUUCAUCGGCUUACGAAAGAGUUGCGGAGCAUGGAUAUUCUCAUUGUGGCGCAGCCGCAGGAACAGGCGGAAUGA